GACUGGAUGAAAGUGUGGAUGAAAUUAUGAUCAAAGAAAAGAAUCUCAACACUGAAUUACUGGAUGAACAGGAUAACUCUAUCAUAGAUUCCGAAGAGGAGAUUUCAGAUGAUCAGACCAAUUCAUCGAAAAGCAAUGAUUCCUCAGAAUUUGGUCCAGUCAAUUUGCCCAAAGCUGAGGACAAUUUUGAUAAAAUGGUCAUGGAAACUUUUGAGGAGAAAGAAGCUAGUCAUUCUGUGUCUGCCUCUGCAAUUCGAAAUAUGAGGUGA